AUGGGCUUUGUUCGUAGUCGUUGCUUCAAACUUUCACUGAGAGCCAUGCCGAAGCUUCCUAUGAAAUACCGAUCUCCAUCUCCACCAUGGCCGGUUCCAAAGCGCGGCAAAGCCCGCAAUCAUGGGAAGCGGCCAAGUUCCUCUAUGGCAGUCUCUCAGAAAAAGAACUUCAAGGCUAUGCCCUAUGUCCGCGGACCAAAGGUCCAGAACAAAUUUGGCAAAGAGCGAAAUCACUACGGUGUUUCCAUCGAGAGAUUGGCUUCCAUGCAGCCUCGGCAGUUGAUCCACAAACUCACGAAGGAUGGCAUUCUACCAGCUUGGAAUGGAUCUACAUGUCUUCAUUGUGCUGAAGGCCGCCUUGGAAAGUUGCGCUACUUCAAGGAAAGAAAGCAUUGGGCCCAUCGCUGCUCCCGCAAAGGAUGUCAAAAGCUGACACAAUCACAUAGCUUUCACCCUAUCUUCUUCGGUGGCUCAGGUUCCAGCGUGACGUCUCUGGGACAACAAGCUGCUAUCCUUUGCUGUGCAGUGGCAGGGGUACCAGUGACAGCCACUCCACUCAUCCCCGACAUGGACGACAAGGCAGUCUUCCGCAUCUAUGAAGGACUUGAAAAAGGUUGUGCCCAGCAUAUUUGCCAAAAACAGAAGCAUAUUAAAUAUGGUGGUGAUGAUGCCGGGUGGGAUGUGGAAGCAGAUGAAGUGGAUCUGGCAAAGAACAUUGUAGUCAUCUUGCAUACGGAUGGUGCACGCGCAUACAAGAUGAACAUUCGUGGCAUCGCGCACUACAACGUCGUCCACAAGAAGAAGAAGAUUCUGCAGAAUGGUUUUGAAAAAGUCGUCUUGAACAAGGAGCCUCAAGCGGAGGACGCGGCAGGAUUUGGCUAUGAGCAAGUGCAGUUGCACCUCAUGCUGCGACAACAACAACGGGAACAGGAAGAAAUGCGUCAAGUGAUCGAAGAACAACGUCGCAAGAUCGCAGAGCUCAAGAUGCAGCAGGAAAGGUUGCAACAAGCACAACUUGCCAUGCAGCCUCCUAUGCUGCCUUUUGGAUCUGCCAUGAACUUCCCACCAUCUUUCGCGGAAGCCCAGCCGCCUUUCUUUAGAGAUCAGCCGACGCUGUUGCCCAAUCUCGCAGGAGGUGGAUCUGCUGGAUGCCCACCACCGCCAGAAGCACAGCAGUUCAAGUCUAUACCGCUCUGAACGAGGAAUCACAGGCAUCGACCUGGCUGCACUGCUCGGCAAGGUCUAGGAGAGGUCGGCGAGGGUCAGUUCUCGGUGUCGUGAGGUUGACCAGUUCUGCGGUGUUUUGGAGGAUGUUGGAUGGAAAAUGGUUGAAAAUGGUU